AGAAGUAACCCCCCCUCCUCGCAUCACACCACCGUGAUGCUGCUGUCAAAGAGGCUGGAACUACAGAGCCUGUAUCAUUAUGCUGCUAUAUAGCCAAUAAACCAUCACCGAGGAGGAGAUGGCCUUCAGUUAGGAGGGAAUUCACUCAGCUGAAAUUAAAACGUCCGUCUACACGCCUCAGAAUUGCUUGCAGACUCCUUACGCACGUGCUUGCAGCCUGCCAGCGUGGCCGAACAAUGGCAGAGCAAGACUCCACCGAGAAGAAACUUCCAGCUGUGGCUGCGCUGCACUCUCACUUCAUCGUGGGCUCUGUGUCUGAGGAAAACUCUGAGGAUGAGACCGCAGGGAAGCUGGACCUGCAGCUGGAGGACAAUCCACGCUCCCUUUCCCCCUCCUCCGUCAGUUCAGAUAGCACUUAUGAGAUGGGCUUCGACAGCCUGGACGGACCCUUGCACAAUAUGAGGCCUAGCAUGUCAGGACUUCACCUUGUGAAGCAGGGUAGGGACCGCAGACGUAUCGACCUGCAGAGGGAUUUUACUGUUGCUUCUCCAGCUGAGUUUGUCACCCGCUUCGGUGGAAACAAAGUUAUUGAGAAGGUCCUUAUUGCGAACAAUGGCAUUGCUGCAGUCAAGUGCAUGCGCUCUAUCCGACGCUGGGCUUACGAAAUGUUUCGGAAUGAACGGGCCAUACGCUUUGUUGUCAUGGUGACCCCAGAGGACCUUAAAGCUAAUGCAGAGUACAUCAAGAUGGCAGAUCACUAUGUGCCUGUGCCAGGAGGGACAAACAACAACAACUACGCUAAUGUGGAACUCAUCUUGGACAUUGCUAAACGAAUUCCUGUUCAAGCUGUGUGGGCUGGCUGGGGUCAUGCCUCUGAAAAUCCCAAACUUCCUGAAUUGCUGCACAAGAACGGCAUCGCCUUCAUGGGUCCUCCAAGUCAGGCUAUGUGGGCUCUCGGGGAUAAGAUCGCUUCCUCUAUUGUGGCCCAGACAGCAGGCAUUCCCACACUACCCUGGAGUGGAACAGGACUGACUGUAGAGUGGACAGAGAAUGACCAGAAGAAAGGGAUUAUUAAUGUUCCUACUGAGCUAUACGAGCAAGGCUGUGUGCACGACGUGGAGGCUGGAUUGAAGGCUGCUGAACAAGUGGGCUUCCCUGUGAUGGUGAAGGCAUCUGAGGGCGGAGGAGGAAAAGGGAUCCGGAAAGUCAACUGUGCAGAAGACUUCCCCAACCUCUAUAGACAGGUUCAAGCUGAGGUUCCAGGUUCCCCGAUUUUUGUCAUGCAAUUGGCCAAACAUGCUCGUCAUCUGGAGGUUCAGAUCUUGGCUGAUCAGUACGGUAAUGCCAUCUCUCUGUUCGGCCGUGAUUGCUCCGUGCAGCGCAGACACCAGAAGAUCAUUGAAGAAGCCCCGGCUACUAUCGCUACAUCAGACGUGUUUGAAGAUAUGGAGAAGUGUGCUGUGAAGUUGGCGAAGAUGGUGGGCUAUGUGAGUGCGGGUACAGUGGAGUAUCUGUACAGUCAGGACAGCAGCUUUUACUUCCUGGAGCUCAAUCCACGUCUUCAAGUGGAACAUCCUUGUACUGAGAUGGUGGCUGACGUUAACCUGCCAGCAGCUCAACUGCAGAUCGCUAUGGGCAUCCCACUUCACCGUAUUAAAGACAUCAGAGUGCUGUAUGGGAUGCAGCCAUGGGGAGAUUCCCCCAUUGACUUUGAUGGACUCUCUACCACCCCCUGUCCACGAGGACACGUCAUCGCAGCUCGAAUUACCAGUGAGAACCCAGAUGAGGGUUUUAAACCCAGCUCUGGAACUGUCCAGGAAUUAAAUUUCCGCAGUAACAAGAAUGUGUGGGGCUACUUCAGCGUGGCGGCAGCUGGAGGACUGCAUGAGUUUGCAGACUCUCAGUUUGGCCACUGCUUCUCCUGGGGAGAGAACCGUGAGGAAGCCAUCUCAAACAUGGUGGUGGCCCUCAAGGAGCUGUCCAUCAGAGGAGACUUCAGGACUACAGUGGAGUAUCUCAUAAAGCUGCUUGAAACGGAGAGUUUCCAGCACAACAGCAUUGACACAGGAUGGCUGGACAGGCUCAUCUCUGAGAAGAUGCAGGCAGAGCGUCCUGAUACUAUGCUGGGGGUAGUAAGUGGAGCUCUGCAUGUGGCUGAUGUUAACUUCAGGAACAGUGUGUCCAACUUCCUGCACUCACUGGAGAGAGGGCAGGUUUUACCAGCACACACGCUGCUGAACACGGUGGAUGUGGAGCUUAUCUACGAAGGCACCAAGUAUGUGCUGAAGGUGACCAGGCAGUCUCCUAACUCUUAUGUGGUCAUCAUGAAUUGCUCUUCGGUAGAGGUGGAUGUUCAUCGCUUGAGUGACGGUGGUAUGUUGCUCUCGUAUGAUGGCAGCAGCUACACCACCUACAUGAAGGAGGAGGUAGACAGGUAUCGCAUCAUUAUCGGGAAUAAGACGUGUGUGUUUGAAAAGGAGAACGACCCUUCAGUCCUUCGCUCUCCUUCUGCUGGGAAACUCAUCCAGUAUACAGUGGAGGAUGGAGGACAUGUGUUUGCUGGACAAUGUUAUGCAGAGAUAGAGGUGAUGAAGAUGGUGAUGACUCUGACGGCCUCAGAGUCUGGCUGUAUUCACUAUGUGAAGAGAGCAGGUGCAGUGCUGGAGCCAGGUUGCAUCAUUGGCAAACUGCAGCUAGAUGACCCCAGCAGAGUACAGCAGGCGGAGUUGUAUACAGGAACUUUACCCAGCAUUCAGUCUGUGGCUCUCAGGGGAGAGAAGCUUCACAGAGUCUUCCACAGCACUCUGGGUCACUUAGUGCACAUUAUGAACGGCUACUGUCUGCCAGAGCCUUUCUUCAGUGCCAAGCUGAAAGAAUGGGUGGAGCGUCUUAUGAAGACUCUAAGGGACCCCUCCCUACCCCUGCUGGAGCUUCAGGACAUCAUGACCAGUGUUUCAGGCCGAAUCCCUCCUGCGGUGGAGAAGGCCAUCAAAAAAGAAAUGGCUCAGUAUGCCAGCAACAUCACCUCUGUCCUCUGCCAGUUUCCCAGCCAGCAGAUUGCCAAUAUACUGGACAGUCAUGCUGCCACGCUGAACAGGAAGUCAGAGAGAGAGGUCUUCUUCAUGAACACACAGAGCAUCGUACAGCUGGUUCAGAAGUACCGCAGUGGCAUCAGAGGACAUAUGAAAGCAGUGGUGAUGGAUCUCCUCAGGCAGUAUUUGAGAGUGGAGGUUCAGUUUCAGCAUGGUCACUAUGACAAGUGUGUAUUUGCACUACGAGAGGAAAACAAAGUAGACAUGGCCAAUGUGCUCAACUACAUAUUCUCUCAUGCUCAAGUCACAAAGAAGAACUGUCUGGUCACCAUGCUGAUUGAUCAGCUAUGUGGGCGAGACCCGACCCUGACGGACGAGCUGAUGGCCAUACUCACAGAGCUCACACAGCUCAGCAAGACCACCAAUGCCAAGGUGGCAUUGCGGGCACGGCAGGUUCUCAUCGCUUCUCACCUUCCCUCAUAUGAGCUGCGACACAAUCAGGUGGAAUCCAUUUUCCUGUCUGCCAUCGACAUGUAUGGACACCAGUUCUGCAUUGAGAACCUGCAGAAACUGAUCCUGUCAGAAACAUCCAUCUUUGAUGUGCUGCCAAAUUUCUUUUACCAUAGUAAUCAGGUGGUACGGAUGGCUGCUCUCGAGGUGUAUGUUCGUAGAGCUUACAUCGCUUAUGAACUCAACAGCGUCCAGCACCGUCAGCUGAAGGACAACACCUGCAUCGUGGAGUUCCAGUUCAUGCUGCCCACAUCCCACCCCAACAGAGGGAACAUCCCCACUCUAAACAGGAAACUGUCUGCCCCACUGCAGGACUACAAACCUCCAGCUAACACAGCUAACACUAGUGGAGCCACAGAGGCAGCUAGUGACUCUGCUGAGAGUGAGGACAGAAUGUCCUUUUCCUCAAACCUGAACCACUACGGCAUGGUCCACGUGGCCAGCGUUAGUGAUGUGCUCCUAGACACCUCCUUUACCCCACCCUGUCAGCGCAUGGGAGCCAUGGUUUCCUUCCGCUCUUUCCAGGAGUUCACCAGGAACAUAAAGGAUGUUCUGAGCUGUUUCUCAGACUCUCCUCCAUCAACUCCAACCUUUCCUGAAGGGGGGAACCCUGUGCUGUAUAGAGAGGAGGACAGCAAGAGCAUUCAAGAUGAGCCCAUUCAUAUUCUUAAUGUGGCAAUAAAGACGGACAGUGAUAUUGAUGAUGAUGGGCUGGCGGCCAUGUUUCGUGAGUUUACACAGUCUAAGAAAUCUCUGCUGUUUGACCACGGCAUCCGAAGACUUACCUUCCUGGUUGCUCAGAAGGAUUUCAGAAAGCAAAUCAACUGUGAGGUGGACCAGAGGUUCCAUAGAGAAUUCCCCAAAUUUUUUACAUUCCGGGCUCGAGACAAGUUUGAGGAAGACCGUAUCUACAGACACUUGGAACCUGCAUUAGCUUUCCAGCUGGAGCUCAACCGCAUGCGUAAUUUUGCACUGACAGCCAUCCCCUGUGCCAAUCAUAAGAUGCACCUGUACUUGGGAGCUGCCCGUGUGGAAGUAGGCACUGAGGUCACAGAUUACCGCUUCUUUGUGCGGGCAAUCAUCCGUCACUCAGAUUUGGUCACCAAGGAAGCAUCAUUUGAGUACCUGCACAACGAGGCAGAACGCUUGCUGCUGGAGGCCAUGGAUGAACUGGAAGUGGCUUUCAACAACACCACUGUGCGAACCGACUGCAAUCACAUCUUCCUCAACUUCGUUCCAACAGUCAUCAUGGACCCUUCAAAGCAUUCAGCAAUCCCAUCAAUACAGACAAUUUUGAAAACAACACUGGCCGAAAUGCAGCCCCAAACCAGGACAAACCAGAGACUCCAACAUGUUUCACUGAAGGCUAUUGAGGAAUCUGUGCGCUCCAUGGUCAUGCGCUACGGCAGUCGCUUGUGGAAGCUCCGUGUGCUUCAAGCCGAGCUGAAGAUCAACAUCCGAUUGACUCCCACCGGCAAACAGAUCCCCAUCCGCCUCUUCCUGACCAACGAGAGUGGCUACUACCUGGACAUCAGCCUGUACAAGGAAGUCACUGACUCCCGUACAGGACAGGUGGGGCACAAAGACCGACAGAUCAUGUUCCAGGCAUAUGGAGAUAAGCAGGGUCCUCUUCAUGGCAUGCUCAUCAACACACCCUACGUCACAAAAGACCUGCUGCAGUCCAAACGCUUCCAGGCACAGAGCCUCGGCACUACCUAUGUUUACGACUUCCCAGAAAUGUUUCGCCAGGCUUUAAGGAAGCUGUGGCAAUCCAUGGAUGCACACGCCAACUUGCCCAAGUGCCCUCUUCCAUCAGAACUGCUCACCUUCACAGAGCUGGUUCUGGAUUCUCAGGGUCAGCUGGUGCAGAUGAACCGCCUACCUGGAGGGAAUGAGAUUGGCAUGGUAGCAUGGCGAAUGACCCUCCGGACCCCUGAGUAUCCAGCCGGCCGUGAGAUUAUAGUGAUCAGCAAUGACAUCACACAUAAGAUUGGCUCGUUUGGGCCACAAGAAGAUGUUCUGUUCCAGCAAGCUUCAGAAAUGGCAAGAGAAAGUGGCAUUCCACGGAUCUAUAUUGCUGCCAACAGCGGAGCUCGUAUAGGCCUGGCAGAGGAGAUCAGACACAUGUUUCAUGUGGCCUGGCAGGAUCCGGUGGACCCAUACAAGGGUUUUAAGUACCUAUACCUCACACCACAGGACUAUAAGAAGGUGUCUGCUCUGAACUCAGUCCACUGUGAACAUGUGGAGGAUGAGGGGGAAUCCAGGUAUAAAAUCACUGAUAUCAUUGGGAAAGAGGAAGGGUUGGGUGUGGAGAACUUGAGAGGUUCUGGCAUGAUCGCAGGUGAAUCGUCACUGGCGUAUGAGGAUAUUAUCACCAUGAAUCUGGUGACAUGCAGGGCCAUUGGAAUCGGAGCGUACUUGGUGAGACUGGGCCAAAGAACCAUACAGGUGGAAAACUCUCAUAUCAUCCUGACUGGAGCCGGAGCUCUCAAUAAGGUUCUCGGGCGUGAGGUGUACACUUCCAAUAACCAACUGGGUGGAGUACAGAUCAUGCACAAUAACGGAGUCACACACACCAAUGUGUGCGAUGAUUUUGAGGGAGUGUAUACAUUGCUGCACUGGCUGUCUUACAUGCCAAAGAAUAUGUCCAGCCCUGUGCCGAUACUCUCUGCUAAAGAUCCCAUUGAUCGAGCGAUAGAGUUUGUCCCAACCAAGGCACCUUAUGACCCACGCUGGAUGCUAGCUGGACGUCCCAAUCAGAACAUUAAGGGUGCAUGGGUGAGUGGGUUCUUCGACCAGGGCUCUUUUCUGGAGAUCAUGCAGCCAUGGGCACAGAGUGUUGUCGUAGGACGGGCCAGGUUGGGUGGGAUCCCAACUGGAGUAGUUGCCGUGGAAACCCGAUCAGUGGAGCUUUCAAUCCCAGCAGACCCAGCUAAUCUGGACUCGGAAGCCAAGAUAAUCCAGCAGGCUGGGCAAGUGUGGUUCCCUGAUUCUGCUUUCAAAACUGCACAAGCCAUUAAAGACUUCAAUAGAGAGGGACUUCCGCUUAUAGUGUUUGCCAACUGGAGAGGUUUUUCUGGAGGCAUGAAAGACAUGUAUGACCAGGUGCUGAAGUUUGGAGCGUAUAUAGUGGACGGUCUGAGAGAGUACAGACAGCCGGUUCUGGUGUAUAUCCCACCACAGGCGGAGCUCCGGGGAGGAUCAUGGGUUGUCAUAGACCCUACUAUCAAUCCUCGCCACAUGGAAAUGUAUGCAGACAAAGACAGCCGUGGCGGUGUGCUGGAGCCUGAAGGCACAGUGGAGAUCAAGUUCCGCAAAAAAGACCUGGUGAAGACCAUGCGACGGGUGGACCCUGUGUACAUGGGGCUUGCAGAAAGACUGGGAACCCCAGAGUUGAGUGUGUCUGAGCGUAAAGAGCUGGAGAGUAAACUAAAAGAGAGAGAAGAGUUCCUGCUGCCCAUAUAUCAUCAAGUAGCUGUUCAGUUCGCUGACCUUCAUGACACACCGGGCCGCAUGCAGGAGAAAGGAGUCAUCACUGAUAUCCUUGAGUGGAGCACGUCUCGGCAGUUUUUCUACUGGCGUUUGCGGAGGUUAUUGCUGGAGGAAACGGUGAAGAGGAAGAUCCAGUGUGCUAACAGUGAGCUGACGGACGGACAGGUUCAGGCUAUGCUUCGCCGUUGGUUCGUGGAAGCAGAGGGAGCUGUGAAAGCGUAUUUGUGGGACAGUAAUGAAGAUGUGGUGGAGUGGUUGGAGAGGCAGCUGGCAGAGGAAGAAGGCGCCAGAUCCGUCAUCGACGAGAAUAUCAAAUAUAUUCGCAGAGAUCACAUCCUCAAACAGAUCCGCAGCCUGGUUCAAGCUAACCCUGAGGUGGCUAUGGACUCCAUUGUACACAUGACCCAGCACAUUUCCCCCACACAGCGCGCCGAAGUCGUCCGCAUCCUCUCCACCAUGGACACCCCAGCCUCCUCGUAGAAUCUCAAAAGCCUGAUCUUACUGGAAACCGCAAAUAGAGGAGCCAACAUGGAGGUUUCUGUGACUGACUUUAUGUUGUUGGCUAUGAUUCUGAAAGUAGUCUUAAGAAUGCACAGCAACGCGCACCUUUAGAAACACUAAAAAAAUAAAAGUCCUAGUGUUGUCGUUUAUAGUUCUGCAGUCUAGUCAAGUGCACUUUUAAUCAGCUCUAGAUGAACAGAGACCAAUUAGAACAAGCUGCCGUUUGUUUUAUUUUCUAGAACGUUUAUUUGUUUAAAAAGAAGUGCGUUACUGUAUGAGUGUGAAAGUUUGCAUAUGUUGUAAUCAGUUUUAUUUUAUAACAGUCAGGUUGUAACACUAGUUCACGCUUGAAGCGAGCGAGUUGACAACUGGAUCACUCCUGAUUCACUGGUUAUAAUGGAAGAGAUGGAAGUGUAGAUGUUUCUCUUUACAUGCAGGAUGGUCAGCUGAGCCAAAUGACCCCAUCAGUUUGUUACUGUACUUGUUUCAUGCCCUUGUAGCUUAACCAAAAAAAAAAAGUUUUUUUUUUGUUUAAAUAUAUAUCCACUUGUUAUAAGUAUUCAGUUUGUUUAUCCUUUUUUAGCAUAAAUAUGAAUAUAUAAUGCUGAGAAGUCAUUAAUAACUUAUUAAAUGUAAAAAAGCGCUGCACUCUGUAGUAUAACGUGGUACAUAAUACUGUAAGUGUGUAACUGUAGAACAUUCAACUGUAACUGUAGAACAUUCAACCUGUUGAAUUUGAUUGUUACAAUAUGAAUAUUCUGGAAUGACAAACCAGGAGAGGAUCAAUAUUGGAAAAGAAUACUUGAGAGAUGAAUUGAGUUACACAAGAGAUCACAAUGUCAGUUAUGUCACAACUAAGAGACACGAUGCUCAGUUGUGUCCUCAUUGAUAUUACAGUAUGCUGGUGGUUUGUGUGACUGGAAAACCUCAAGAUGUUACUCCAAUUCCAGAUUGCGAGCACUACUGCUGGACUCGAUGAAAGAUUGCGUCAAGUCCACUGUCAUGGUGUGACCAUCAGGGUGGUAAAUUGUUUAUCAGUGAACUGAGAUCAGAAGCUAUCAACCUGCCUGGUCAAAAUGGAGGAUUUUGUGUUUACUAAGGCAAUGUUUUGUUGCCUCUAAAAAUAAAUAAAUGAAUAAUAAAAGUCAAAGCUUCUUA